CGUGUUUUGGAUGCUGCAGCUCGAGAACGUCGGCAAAGGAAGGCUUUGGAGUUGUUAGAACAAGAUAAUCACAUUGAUGAACCACAGUCCGACAUAAAACUAACCAAAAGGCCUCAUUUCGGCGAUGAAGAUGAUGAUCCUGUUUCUGCACAGAAGAAGAAGAAAAAGCGCCGAGUGUCAAGCAUGCGUUCCCGAGGACGAAAAACGUUGGAACUCUUGUUGGACGAAGAAUAUCAGGCAACCAAAGGAGGAACCACAGGACCAUGUUAUUUCACGGCAGCAGCCCCACCAAGCAGACUUCCAUGUCGCAAGUUUUGUAACGUUUGCGGUUUUAAAGGCAUUUACAAUUGCGUUGUCUGUCACAUACCUUACUGCAGCAAGAAAUGCUACGAAAUACACGCAGACACAAGAUGUAUGAAGCUCUGCCAGAAUCUGCGUGGCUCGAAUCCGACCUCUGCAUCCCUAUCUAGGCUUGGGAAACCUGGCAGUAUCCCAGCUCUCGUGCUUCCUUCUGGUAGCAUGGCAGCUACGCACCAAAAGGGUGCUACAGUUGAACGAUAUUUGAACUUGGACAUAUACAUCCGAGUUGAUCAUCUCACUUCUGAUAUUUGUCCCGACUAA